UCCAAAAGAACAUAAUUUAAUUUAAACUCGAAAGAUAUAAAAAGAUUAAGAAAAAGUGAACCCCAGUGAAUAUGCGGGGGCUGUGAUGAUUCAUGCGUGCACCCAGGCACCCAGACGAGAGCACCCAUAUAUGUACUUAGCGUGCGUGUGUAUGGCAGGAAGAGUAUCAUCUCCCUCUCUAUCUCUCUCUCUCUCUCUCUUUGGCAACUUCAAGUAAUGCAAAUAACAACAAAACCCAACCAUCAUCAAGCAUAACCUGGCAGCUGCUACCUACCUACUGCCGAUGAAAAGAGCAUACAUUUGUGCGCAAAAUCGAUCUACGCAGCAACUUCCAGAGGGAAGAAAAAUCCAAGAGAGGCUGAAGCCGAAUCCGAAUCCAUUAAAAAUGGCUGAAGAAUAUAUACCAGAUGUCAGCAUGAUGGACACAAUUUUGCCCGCCAUAUUGGGACUGACGGCAGCUGCAGUCCUGUCGUCGGUGGCCUGCAUCUGUGCCAAACAGAUGCGCAUUCGGAACAAGAAGCAGAACCAUCAUGAUGCCUCAUUCCCAUUCCAACCGACCCGACGGCCGACCGCAGUUCGAUCGCCCAGCGGCCAGCCGCCGCAUUAUCUGAAGAAGUCUCCAUCGCCAACGAACGGCAAGCAGAUGGGUCUGCUGUCGCCCAUGCAGGACCAGUCGACCUCACCGACAGCACCACCGAAUAUGAAAUACACCGAAGAGGAUGAGGUACCCAUGCAGCAGGAACAACAACAACAACAACAGCAGCAGGCACAGCAGCAUCAGAUGGGAAACAAGCUGACGGUUGUGGAUGGAAACGGGAUGAAGCAGUCGCUGCACAAUCAUCACCAUUCGCCGGUGGAGACGAUUGCCAAUGGGAAUGUGACAAUCACCUUGGACGACCAUGCACUGACCAACGGCAAGGAGCUCGUGAUAGCCGAUCAGUAUGGAAAACUGGGAACGAUCUACUUCAAGUUACGCUAUCUGGCCGAGAGGAAUGCCUUGAUGGUUUCGAUCAUUCGCUGCCGCGGAUUGCCCUGCAAAGGCGGAUCGGGCGGCACUGGCGACAUACCCACUGGCAUGAACGGACGCACGCAGGCGGCCACCGAUCCCUAUGUGAAGCUGCAACUGUUGCCCGACAAGCAGCACAAAGUGAAGACCCGCGUGGUGCGGAAUACCCGGAAUCCAGUGUACGACGAGGACUUUACAUUCUACGGCCUGAACAUCAACGAUCUGCAGAACAUGUCGCUGCACUUUGUCAUACUCAGCUUCGAUCGGUAUUCGCGGGACGAUGUGAUUGGCGAAGUGGUCUGCCCAUUGUCCUCCAUUGAGAUCGGUGACAUUUCCAAGGAGGCCCUCUCCAUCAGCAAGGAGAUCCAGCCGCGCAGCCUAAAGAUACGUGCCCAGGGACGAGGCGAGCUUUUAAUCUCUCUCUGCUGGCAGCCGGCUGCCGGACGCCUGACUGUGGUGUUGCUCAAGGCCCGGAAUUUGCCCCGUAUGGAUGUCACAGGUCUGGCCGAUCCCUACGUGAAGAUCUAUCUGUUGUACAAUGGUCAGCGCAUUGCCAAGAAGAAGACGCACGUAAAGAAGCGCACUCUGAGCCCAGUAUUCAACGAGAGUUUCGCAUUUGAUAUUCCCGCUGCAGAGGGCACUGGCGCCAGUCUGGAGGGCGUCUCCCUGGAGCUGAUGUUACUCGACUGGGAUCGCGUGACCAAGAAUGAGGUCAUUGGUCGCCUGGAGUUGGGUGGACCGACAUCCAGCAGCACCGCCCUGAAUCACUGGAACGAGGUGUGCAACUCCCCACGCCGCCAGAUUGCCGAGUGGCACAAAUUAAACGAGUAAUUGAGAUGCGUGCAACUACAACCACCGCCUGGAACGAGUGCAGCCCCGGCGCUGGCGCCAUUUUUGGAGAAGAGAAGCCAAGCAGGAAAACGGACCCGAGAGUCAUACGAUUCAUGAGUAUGAGCUCGCUUGCUAUUCAUUUAUGAUUCGUUUUCUAUAUAGCAUAUAAUUUUAUAUAUUUUUUUAUUUUUAUAAUUUGUUAAAAAUUUUGUUCCCUUAAAAUCGCUUAAGUUUGUAUGCGAGGCAUACACCCAAAAAGAGAUGUGGAGCAGAAUUAUAAUUAUAAUAUUAACCAAAACCCAAAACCCCCAAGUAAAUUAAAUGUAUUAGAAAAUGUUUAGGACAUAAAAAUGCAUGUAAGUGUAAGAUAAUUCCACGACAUCUUAAUCGUAAUAUAUAUAAAGGAAACAGGUCAACCUACGUAUAUGUGUAUGUGUAAUGGACACCGAUUAUGUUGCUGUAUAGAACCUGAAUUCUCCGCUUUAAAAAUCUGGAUUGUUUGCUAUUGUUUUCCAUAUCAAUCGAUUGAAGAAUAACCAUUAAAUGUGCCCACCAUGAAGACAUUUGCAUCGAGAAAAUAAAUUGGAUUUUCAUGAUACAAAAUAUUAAUCCCCAGGCAUAUUAACAUGUAUAAUAUAUUUAUGAUAUAAUACCCCUAACUCUUAAGCAUAAUUCUUUGAGUACACUGUUUUUUUCUCACUAUUUGUUUUUUUGCGGCUUUCUGUUCAAUUGUAAAGAAAUAAUGAUCCGAAACAGCACCGACAGAAAGCUCUCAAAGUGUCUCCAGAUGGUAGAUCGAUCCAAAAAAAAAUUGCUUACUGCUUAACACUUUAUACGUACGUAUUCUUAAAAAAUGAAAACAUUAAAGAUUAAAAUAGAUGAUGAAACCUAAUUGAAUCUAGAGACGGACACGCAGCUGAAUGCUUAGCACCAAAAAGAUACAAAAAUCCACACACCCACAAACGAAAAAACAAAAAAAGCGACGGAAAUUCACGAAGAGAAACCAAAUAAAAACACAAUACGAUACAAUAAUUUAAGAAAAACAUAGGACAUGUAGAAAGCAAAAAUACUUAUAGCAUAUGUAUUCUAGAGUAUACAUAAAACCCACGAAUAGCUCAAAAACCGAAUGCAAUAAUCACUCGAAUGUGUAUCUCUUGGCAUUACUUAUAAAGAUCCCAUCCCACACAAA